GUUAGCAGCAGCAGCAGCUCGGUAACAGUAGCAGCACAAAUGAAUACAAACAAAACAAAACCAAAAAAAAAAAAUUGUUUUUGAGAAAUUCACAUUUCAAUUGCGAGCAUUUUUAGUUACAAAUCGAUUUCAUCAGGUUUGGUAGUGUUUUACGGUGUUUGUCGUUGUCGGCUCGCAACAUAUUCUUUUUUUCUUUCGUUUUGUGUGUUUUGAAUUCAAUAAAAGCGAACGAAAUAAAAAUUCAACAUACAAUAAUAAUAAUAAAUUAAAAAAACAACUAGAAAUCAAAUUAAAAAAAAAAACCAAUUUCAAAACAAACAAGCACGAGAUAAUCUCGUGAAGCAAAUAAAAACAACCAUCAAAAAAAUAAAAAUAAUGAAUUUUAGUAAAUUAAAAAAAAAAAUCAAAAUCAAAAAUUAAUUGAAAAUUUACUACGUCAUUAAGUUGAUAAAUUUAAAAUAAAAAAAAAAAUCUUAAACCAAAAAUCUCAUCAACCUACAACAACCUUAAAUCAAAGAAUCGAUUUGUAUCAAAUGAAAAUUCCUCAAUAAAAACAAAAUCCUAAGAAAUAAAAACAUAAACCAAAAGAUUUUUCUUUUAAGAAAAAAAAAAAAGGAAAGAAAGAUAGCAUAACAAAACAAGAAAUCAUCAUCAUCAUGCUGCAGAAACUGUUACAAAUUUAUUACAGCAUUUCAAAAAACAUUCCUUGAUAAAUCUACAAAAAAGCUCCCUCUCAACAACAAAGAAAAGCUAAACUAUAACAAACAAAAACCAAAUGAAUAAAUAUUCAACAUACUUGAGCAAAAAAUCUACCUACAUUUGAAAACUAAACAAGAUAAAUAAAAAAUAAAUCAACUGAAUUGAAAUAAAAAAGGAAACAGCAUAUCACCACAUAUCUCAUUGAAAAUUCACCACUUGUUGAAAAUCAUUUAAAGGGUCAAGCACAAUACACCACAUUAAAUUCUCUUUUCCAAAUCUCUUAACAAAAAAAAAAGUAAACAAACUGUCUCCUGCAGCUCUCGAUGAAUUUCAAUCCAGCCUCUUUGCGCAACAGCCUCAUGCAUACAAAAAUCAUGGAAUGGACCAAUGAUGAUGCUCUAGAACUUAUCGAACAAUAUCGCUCACACACCGAACUGUGGAAUCGUGCCGAUCCCAAGUACAAAGAUAAAUUGUGUCGCUUUCGCGCAUGGUCGGAAAUCGCCGAACGCUUUGGCUGCAGCAAAGCUGAGGUCGAGCGCAAAAUGAACGUCUUGCUGACCCAGUACAGACGAGAGAAACACAAAAUGUUGGUCAAACUGUAUCAGGGCAUACAGCCGAAUCCCUCCAAAUGGUAUGCUUUCAAACGUUUCGACUUUAUGGAGGCGGGUGGCGGUAGUGCCAGUGCCAUAGCAGCUGGUAUUGCUGGUGGAGGAGGAGGAGGCGGUGUUGCAGGUGGUGGUAUGAAUGCUAGCCUGAAUUGCAGUGGUAGCAGUAGUAGUAGCAUUACAACAAAUGGUCAUCAUCAUCAUCAUGCGGCUGCAGCCGCUGCCGCAGCAGCUUUAAAUGGCUUAGCUGCUGCCGGUUAUGAUACAUCAACAGCUGCGGCAGCAGCACCAACAAUAUCACAUCAUCGCAGAAUGAAAAGCAAAGAGAUGAAAUAUUUUGGCGCGAUGGGUUUAAAUUUACCUAUGCUCCUUGCCAGCUCCCAGCCACUUGAGACGUGGAAUCCAGUGGGACAAUUUUCACCGCCACCCAUUAGCGAUCGAAAUCAUCAGUUGCGCGUACCCUUGCCAAUGGCAUUCCCUAACGCUCCACAAAGCGAUUUGAAUACAAGCGGCGCCAGUAGUGGAGGUGGUGGCGGACCACGCAGUUUAUUUGGUGGCAGUAGUAAUAGUGAUUUUGAGGGCAGUCCCCAAAAGCCCAUGGACACAACUGAUAUUGAGAAUGAAGAAGGAAAGGAGCAUGAUACCAAAUGUGAGCGUACAACACCGUCCAAUCUGCACGACACUUCGGUGACAUCCAAUGAGGGACGGUUGAGUACGGGUCCGAAUGGCACGCCGGGAGCGGUGGGCAGUGAAAAUGGCACUUGUCAUGGCGAAGUGGGUAGUGGUGGCAUGAGUAGCGGUGGUGGUGGUGCGGCGGGUAGACGUAGUGAUGGCACCUCUGGUACUGAAGCCGGUUCUAGUCCUAUACCAAAUACAAAUACUUUUGAAGCUCAUAAACAAAGACAUUUAAUACCGGGAGGCGCUGUCUCCAGCGGGUCACGGGGUCAUGAAGAUCUCAGCAUAAAGCAAGAACUAUUAGAGAAUUAUUUUCAUGCCCCCCAUCCGCCGGCACCGCCCGAUUCACAUCGUUCCUACAGCUCAACGGACGAAAAUCGCCAGUGCGCCGACUCAGCCGAUGACUUUGCUCAAGAUUUGCGUGUGAGUGCGGCCGCCGCGGCUGCCGCCAAAGGUCUAGAUUUCAGCCGUUUUGUCCUGCCACCUGGUCUUAGACGUUCCACAGAAUCGAUAGACGAAAAAUUUACACCUCUCAAUAUGCGUAAAUUAAAUCCGACCAGCGCUUCAAGCAGUCAGGCCGGCCAAGUGCUUAUGAAUUCCUUCCUCUCCGAAAGUAUGUCCGAGGACAAUACGUCCAUUAGCGGACGCAUCAAAUCGGGUAGCUUAAGCGGCAAUCCGAAUGGCAUGAGCGGCUCCCAGGAUGCCAGCUCGUCGGCCGCAGCGGCGGCUGCUGCCGCUGCCAUUUAUGCUGAAAGUCUGAAUAAAGAUGACUGCGAUUUUAUAGGUUCUAAUGUUAGCGUUAAAUUGCGUGCGAUGGAUCGUACACAGCGGAUAAUUGCUGAGAAACUAAUAAGCGAGGUACUUUUCUACGGUCAGUUCAAUGAAUUGGAACGCAACGCUCGAAUACAGCCCAAGUGACAAUUCCUAGCCAAGUUUUUACGGUCAAGGUGUAUAAAUUAGGUGCUAAAGCAGGAAAGAAAAUCGAGACAAAUUCGAAUGUUCUAUUAUUUUAGCUAAAAAUUUAGUUGGGUGUUGAGGAGCGAAUAAAUUGUAAAUAACUAAUUAAUUGUAAAUGAAUAGUGAGAGUGAGUUUUAGACACAGCAACUUAAGUCCUAAAUGAAGUGAUAAUUUGGUCAUGAUUUUGUUAAAAUUAGAGAGAGAGAGUCAAUGUUGCGACUAGAGCUGACAUUUCCUAAAACAAAUGGCGUUUUAAUUUCUGGAGAUAAACUUUUUACGGGAAUCAUUGACUGGAAUAUGACAUUUCCUAUAACAACAUAUGACUCAAACUUGACAUUAAAUUUAUGAACUGAAAACCUGUGACAGAUGAUAAAGUAACCAUUCACAACAUGAGGUGCUGAUUAUUGACUUUUCUUGUUUAACUUUUCUGGAAUGAAAAUGUUGCCCUUUUUCUGCCCUGUUUUUAUAGAAUCUAAUUUUUUUUACUGAAAUGUACAUAAAAUUGGUACUAAAUUUAAGAUUUUUAACAGAUCUAUACAAAUAUAUACAAACAUUUUUGAAAAUACAUUAAUAUUUUGAAAAAAUUUAUAAAAAUUAUAUCUUUUUCUCAAAAUUUUAUAAUAUUUUUAUUUAGCUAUUUUUUAUAGCAAUAAGAUAGAUAGAUCUUUAAAAAGUAUUUUAAUUCGACAUGUUUUAUGUGCAAAUUUAGUCCUCAGUUUUUUUACACCUUUAAAAAAAACAGGGCAGAAAAAGGGCAAAAUUUUGAUUCCCCAGAAAAUAAAAUAUUCGAAAUUAUGAAAUAUUUCACACUAAAGUUAUCAAACGCGGAGUGUAAUACAAAAUUGUUACCAAAUUGAUUAUGUAUUGAUCACUUUACACCUUUUGAAAAAAAAAAAUAGGGCGGAAAAAGGGCAAAACUUAUUUUCCCAGAAAAAAGAAACAUUUUAAAUUAUGAAAGAUGUUGCAUAUUACAGUUAUCGAAUGUGGAGGAUUAUAUCAAAAUUGUAACCAAUUUAUAUAUUUCAAUUGUGUCCUUAAGUAAUUCAAUUCUUUGCUGAAAAUCUAUGUCUAAACUCAUCAUUCUCAGCGCUCUGUUUUUUCGCAAAACAUUCAACUAUUUUCGCAUUAUGUAUUUUCUUUCCUGUUUUAGUUUUUGGAAAAAUUUCCAAGUGACUUUGGUUACUUAAAGGCAACAUUAAUUAGAUAAUCAAAUAUAAUUAUCAGGAAAAAUUCAAGGGAUUUGUUUUUAUUUAUAAUAUUUACUAAUGUCUACAAUUUUUUGUAAAAAUUAAGAAAUUCUAAUCUCAAAGCAUAUUAAAAAAUUUGUCAUCGGGAGCAAGGCGAAGAUAGAACUAUAAAAAUAACAGGCAUUUUGGUUUUGUAAACAAACAGUUGAACUGUCAAAAUUGCCUGUUGUUUUUUGAAACAUAAAAACUAGUUCGCCGCUUAAGCGAAUAAACAAAUAUAAGAGUUCGCCCGAUUUCUACGUGCUACUACCUUGUAUAAAUUCUCCUGGGUUAAAUUCCUUGUUAAGGCAAAUGUUUAUAAGGACAAUGUAGUGGCAGCAAAUUCAAACAAUUUAAAGCGAAUUCAUAAAUUUGUUUUAUAUAUGGGAAGAAUUCGCUCGAAUUUGCCUGAUUUUUCUUACUUGUAUAGAUUCGUCUUGCUCUAUGUAUACAAAUAAAAUGAAUUCGACAAAGGCGAUAUAAAUAAAGUGACAGCCAGGGCAAAUUCAAGGCAAAAUGGUUUUUAUACCCAACAACAUCAUAGUAGGGAAAAUAUAAUGCCAUUGUAACGCCCAAAAAUAUUAGUCUAACAUCCACUUUAAAGUAUACUGAGCGACACAGAAUCACUUUCUGACUAAACGAUGUCCGUCAGUCUGACUGGCUGUACAUAUUUGAAGAUAUUUCGAAUAUUGACUAAUCGAUAUUCAUCAAACGCCUUCCGAAAAUCAUUCACGAAAAUAAAUUAUUGAAAUUAAAAAAAGAGGUUUAUGCUCAUUUACUAAGUGGUCGGGGCUUGACAGACUUCGGUUUCUAUUUAAAAAAAAUAAUGAAUUCGCUCGUAUUUGCCUGAAUUCGCCACCGACUCCACCUUGUAUAUAAAUUCGCCUUGAUAUACAGUGGUGGCCACCAAUUUAAGACAAAUACUUGAUUUUUUUUCAUCAACUGAAUUUUAAGUGCGAUAGAGCCAAAUAAAAGGACCUCUAAGGGUAUGAAAUUUAUUAUUAAUGUUUCUAGUUUCUGAAAAAUGUUUGGAAAAAUCGGUAAAACAUAUAUGGACAAAGAUAUGUGGAAAUACGUUGACCCACCUUAGCGAACAUCCGCUGUUAAUAACAUGAUAUGACCGAAACUAAUGGAACUAAAAAUACGAAAUUUGGUCCGAAUAUUUUACAAUAAUAAAAAUAUAAUGAUAUAAAUCAAGGCGUAUUAACAAGGUGAGUGCAUAAAAUCAGCUGUUUCUUAAUUCGCUGUGGUUUUAUGUACACUAUAUGUCAAACUUUGUUUAUGUUUACAUUUGUUAUUGUAAAUAACAUAGUAAUAUUUUAAUUCGCCUUGAUUUUGACAUUUACCGUACAUUUUAACAAAAACAAAUUGCCUGUUGUUUUUGCAUUGUUGUAUUUGUUGCCGGGACGCACUCACCUUGUUAAUACGCCUUGAUAUAAAUGUGAGAAAAUGUGUUUAUUUAAAAAAAAAAUUUUGUGGUCAAGUUGUAGAAAAAUUGUAUGUGUUCGUGGUGAAUAUGUAUGAAUUGACACAGUCGAAUAAAACACACUUGUGUGUUAAAACAGUCCUCAUGCAUACAUAUUUGUGGAAAUAUUUGAAAAAAUAAUUGACAAUCAAGUGGAAUUUAGCAAACAAAUUUUGUCUUAAAUUCCUGGCCACCACUGUAGAUCAAAAAUAGGCCAAAAAUCGAGAUUGUUGUGUUUUUUUCCUUAUAUCUCAGCCAUUUGUGGGCCUAACUGGUACAUAAAUUCGCCUUGAUCUAUAUCACCUUGUGUAAAUUCGCUUUGGCGACAGAACUACAACAAAAACAACAUUUUCUUAUAUAUGGAAAGGUGGUAUGUCAAACCAGAUUUCAGGCAAAUAUUUUUUAUAUUUGGUGUUUGAAAUUUCACCAUACAAAUUCUAUAAUCAGCUGGGCGAUGACACUUUAUUAAAUGCGUCUUGAAUUCGCCCAUGCUUUGGACUUGUUAAAUUCGACUUGUCUGAUUUAAUAGUCCUAUGUCAAAAUUUUCAUUCAAAUUACGUAUUUUUUAUUUUUAUUUUCAUUCAAAUUUCGUAUUUUUUAUUUCAUUAAGAAAUUUUUUAAUAUUCCAUUUAAAAUUUUGACAGAUCAUUUUACAUACCAUAAUGUAAACUGGCCUUUAAUUAUUUAAAAUGUCGCCAGCUAUAUUUGAUUGUCUAAUUAAGCCUUUUUAAAAUCUUCAAUAUUUUAAAUAUUUUUUACUUUUUUGCUUUUUGCAAUUUUAAUGAAGUUUUUUGUUUAAAAAUAAAGUUUUUAACUGUCUUUUGUUUUUGAACGGCAACUAAAAUUCCAAACUUUUAAAAUCAUUCUCUUCAAAAGAAAAUUUUAUUUAGUUAAAGAAAAUUGUUUAUUAGCAAACAACAAAGAAAUUCCUUAAACCUAGGUCUCCACGUAGCAAAAUAUUUAUUGCCGCAAUUGAUUGCUUUCAGCUGUCAUUAAUGACAAAAUGCAACUCUAUUCUCACAUUGAAUAUUUUACAUUUUCUCCACCUAAAGCAAUCAGCAAACGCUGUGCUGUUGUUCUGCCGAUGUUUUUGCUUGUGCUUAGCAAUAAAAAUUGCUACGUGGAGACCUAUGAUAAACAAAUUAAUUGAUUUUUACACAUAUUAAAUAAUAUAAACGUAAAAUUAAACCCUUUAAAAAAGCAACUUAAACCAAAGAAAGUUUAUUUAUUGUUUCAACUAUUUUCUAAACUUUUAAUUUAAUUAAUAUACAUAAAUUAAUAAUAAAGAUAACACAAUAAUAUAAUUCCACUUUAAAACAAUUUCUAGCUAAAUAAAAUUUUCCUAAAGAAAAAAAAAACAAAAACUCCAAUAUUUUACUUACAAAGUUUUUUAUACAAAAGAAAAAGUACCUCGCUAAUUUUUUUUUACAACAUACUAAUUAAUUAAAUAAUUUGCAUAAAAACCAGUCAGUUUUUUGUAAAACAAAUUUAACGGAAAGUUCAAUAGUUAAACAAAUAAACAAUAAAUUUACAAAAAAAAAUACAAAACAACAACAAACAAACAUAAAAAAUAGUCAAUUUUUUAAACAAAUCAAGUCAUAAGUAGAACAGUCGUCUUGUGUUUAAUUUUUUUUACAAAUAUUUUAUACAAUUAUAUCAUUUUUUUUUAAAUAAUUAAGUAAAAAAAAACAAAAAUUUUUUUAAAAAAAAACCUAAAACCAGUUUUCUUAAGUAAUUUAUAAUUAAUUUAAAUUUAUUUUACACAUAUUUUUUUAGAAAAAUUAUUUUUUAGUAAAAAAAUCAAAUGAAAAAGAAAACAUUUUAUAAAUAUUUUUCAAAAAAAGAAAUGGAAUUGUUAAUUUACUAAAAAAAAAAAUAAAAAUAUUUAAAAAAAGUUUUUUUUUAAAUAAUUUUUAUAUAAAAUAAAAAAGAAAAUUAUAAAAAUAUAGAAUUUAAUUGUUUCAAAAACACUUUAGUAUUUAAGUUUCAAAAACACAAACUCUAAAAACCAAGAAUUAAUUGAAAAUAAUGUAUUGUAAAUGUAAAUGUUGGAAAAAUGAAAAAUUAUGAAAAAAAAACAAUGGAAUUUAAUUUUUUAAAAAAAUAUAAUUCCUUAUUAAAUAUGAAUGAAUGAAUUUUGUUUGCAAAAAAAAUUAUUUUAGGUUAUUUUUAAUUUUAUACAAAAUUAAAUGUAAUUUAAUUACAUUUAGUUAUAGUAAUUUAAUCAUCAAGUCAUCAGUUUUUUAUACAAAAACUUAAUAAAAAAUACUAUAUAUAGCUUUGUCUCUGUACUUGUAAGAUUUAUUAGUUUUAGUAAAAAAAAACAGAUUUCUGAAGGAAUUCCUAUAAAUCUUGUUGAAAACCUGCAAAUCUAACGUGUACUGGAACAGAGCUAUUAUUGGCAAGUUUUGUAAAGAAUAAUAAUUUACACCAGAUUUAGAAUGAAAGUUUAAAUUCCCAUUGUUACGUUUUUAUCUUUUAAAAACGGUGGUUUAUUUCCUUCAAAUAAACCUUAUUCUUUUAAUUGCAAAUAAAAGCGAUCAGUAGUUUAAAAUUUGUAACAACUCUUUAUUUAAAUUUACACAACAAUUUAAAUAGUAACUGGUAAUACAGUUGUUGUUAAGUCUAAUAGCGCCUCCAAUACACUGACUCUCUGCAACUUGCUGUUACUAUUUACAUACACAGUGUCAUCUUCUAGUAGUUUCUUGAACUAUCUAACGGACAGUUUUAAUGUUAGCAGAUUUAACAGCUAAUAUUAUUAUACUUUUAAACAUUGUUAAUAACAGCAUGUUAUUAAUAUUGUUGAUAAGUAGAAACUUUUACCACUGGAAAUGUUUAUAAACAUGAUGAAUAUUGCAAGCAGUCGUUACAGACCCUUAAAUUCAAACAGAUAGUGCAAUUUCGUAACAAUAUUUUGUUUGUAAAUUUAUAGAUUUUGUAACUCUAGAGACUAGAAUGGAACUUUAAAUUUCAUGUUAAUAAAUUUAUUCAUUUGAAAUUAUAUUUGUUGCAAACAAAUUGAACUUGGGUCUUCAAAUUUUGAUAAUAUUCGGUAAACACAAACUCUUUAAAAUUAUUAGGACAUUUCCAUUUUAAUAUUUUCUAAUUUUGAAAAUCUUGCGAAAAAAAAAUUUAAAAAAAGUUGAGGUAUUGAAAAAUUAUUUACACAGAUUUAGAAUGAAUGUUUAAAUUCAUAUUUUGUUUGUAAAUUUAUUAAUUUAGUAACUCUACCUAAUAAGCACUAAGCCCAAAAAAUUCAAGCACUUGAACAUUUUGUUGGAAUUUGACUUGAAUGCAAAUGUUAUUAUAUUUUAAACUUGAACAAUAUUUGAUAAAAUUAUAUAUUUUUUAAACUAAAAACAUAUGGCUUGAAACUGACAUUAACCCAAUUAGCACCAAAGCCCCAAAAAUUCAAGCGCUUGAACAUUUUAUUGGAAUUUGACUUGAAUGCAAAUGUUAUUAUGUUAUUUGUUUGUUUAUAAGAAAGUAAAAUGAGUAAUUAUGUGGAUUUGAUUAACACAAAGCUACAGACAGGUGAGACUUACAGAAAGUUAGUAACAAUUUAAAAUCUGUGUAAUAUUUUCUGUUGUUGAGGUUAUAAUUUUGCUGAUAAGACAGUUCUAGGAUUUUUUAAAGUCAUUUAUAAAGAAACCAAUCUUGGCAGACCUUAAAGAGGACAUUGAUAGAAACAUUUCAUCAUGUGCAAAAAAACUCUUAAGGUGACCACUUCAGGUUACAGGUUAAAUUUUCAAAUAUUUGAGACUUUUUGAGAUAUAGCUUUUAAAAAUAAAAAGUUUCCCUGUAAAUUCAGUUGUCUCCUAAAUUCCAUACAAAUGUAUGGAAUUUCGUUUUCGGUGCCGAUUACGGUGGUGUAUGCGGAAACGUAGCUUUAAGAGUGUGUCGAGGCAAAAGCAACAGACAUUUUGUUUUUGUUCAAAUCCAUAUUGUUAUUUUUAAUAACAAAUGUAAACAUAAACAAUGUUUGACUGCAGAACUACAUUAAAUCACGGCGAAUUAAGAAUCAGCUGAUUUUAUAUCGUCACCUUGUUAAUUCACCUUGCAUUUGCUUUAAAUUUCAAAUUUAACUCUCCAAAUCCGAAUUCACAUAUUUUGGAGUUCUAUCACACGAUUUAAUCGUUCUACUUUCGAGUAAACAAACCUGUUUCCAUGUACAAAUUAGCUGAACAUCAAUUUGUCAACUUUCGUUUAUUGAAAAACGCUCGUAUUUGAAAUCAUUCGUUUUACAGAAAACAAUUUAAACCUUUUUGAAAAUAUAUAUUUUUUUAACUUGAUUUCUUCAAUCCUAACUAAACUUAUCUCAGCUCUAAACUCAGUUGCAGUUUUAAAACUUCACCCUACAACUGACACAUCAAUCUGUUCUUGCUUAAUAUAAAUUUGGAUUUGAGAGAAUUCAUAUUUAUAUUGAGCAAGAGCAGAUUGAAGAUGAAAAUCCAAUUUAAUAUUGAGAAAAUAUAAAUAAAUAUAAAUUAAAAUUCAGAAUAGUAAAAUUAUAAUAAAGAUAAAAUUGAUUGAAAUUGAGAAAUCGCAAUGUAAAAGAAAUACAAAUUGAUAUCAAGAAAAUAAGAAAAACAUAAUUACUAUCAUAGAGAAAUAUACAUAGAGCGGGAACUCUCUUGUCAAAGCCCUAACUCAAUUGUCAGAAACCUAUGUGAUGAGAAUAUAUUAGUAAAUAAAACUAUGUGAAAACAAAAACAACACUCGUAUGUGUGAUUAUUUUGAGUAAUUUACGCUCUUGUUGUUUCUCUAUGGUUACUACGAGUAUGAAUUUCAAUUUGUUUAAAUUUAUUAUUUCUUAUUUCUGAAUCAACAUGAACUUAAAUCUUCUUAAUUAAAAAUUCGUUAUCUUAAUUUGAAUUGGUUUUUUUUAUAUUACAUUAAAUUUCAUAAUUUAAAUUUGUUUUUUUUUUCAAUUUCAAAUUGGAAUGUUGUAAUAAUGAAGAAUCGAAUUGGAACCCUCCCAGCAGUUCUAGGAGACUGUCCGGAACUAGUGAUUUUACCUAUCAUUUAGGGUGACAACUAGUUACAUAACUUCUUAUGUGACUAUUUAUUUGAACAAGUGCCUGUCCUAAGCAGUGUAUUAAUUGCCCUUAUUUGGAUUACAAUGAGACUGUCUGAGUGCUGGUCCAAGGUAGUCAACGCAUUGGAUACACAUACUAGCUACCUAACUGGUUACUUGAUCAGCUACAUAACUAGUUGUAUACGGGUCCUAAUUGACCUUAAAUAGUCAGUUAAAAAGACAUCUCAUAAAAAUUUAGCUUAUAAACAAUCCAUCCAUCGACAACUCUCCAAUAGAUUACUUCUUCUGGUGGCUAAAAUAAUUACUUUCUAAAGUGCAUUACAAAAUAAAUGUUUAAAGUGACUACCCUCUAGGUUACUUAGAGACACUAAAGUGACAAUUAACUUCAUGCUAGAUUAAAUUGAAUGUAUGUAUAAAGAAAUCAAUUGACUUCUCUCUGCACUACAAAGAGUACAUACGUGUGACCCAAAACAUAUAAAUUGGAGUCAGCCAAGUGACAAUUACUGUCUAUAAAGGAUACAUUGAUUACUUCUUCAAAAGCUUGGAACUAUAAAAAAAUCAAACUUUCUAAACUCUCAAUCUUUCUUUCUAGUCUUCUUGUGCAGUGAUCGAUUCGGCUGAUGAUCAGCACUAACAAUUGGGUCAUAACAAAACAAUAAUACUAAUAAAUGGAGACUAUACCUGAUAAUUUUAUAUCUUUACAACCAGUUUGAGGUUUAUUAUUACAAAAAUUUAUUAGGGUUAUAAAUUGAAACAUUUUGGUUUAUAGCAAUGUUUUCAAUAUUGUUAGCAGAGGAAAACAUAUGAAAUUGCUGCCUUUAUUUUACAAAAACUUCCUUAUUAGCUUCAUUCAAAAUCUAGUGUUUUAAAAUUUUUCUGCAAAAUAACUAAAAUAAAACAAUACAAAAUAAUAAAAAUGUUCAUUAUAAAUAAUAUAAUAAUAUGUACUAAUAAUAAUAAUAAUAACUUUAUAUCAAUGUACCUUGUUUAAACAGGAUGUUUUUUUAUACCAUCAAAUGAAAAUAUAAAAUACAUUACUAUUUAAGUUUAGUUAAUAAGUUGUUUUAUUAUUAUCUUUUUUUUAUUUUUAUUAUUAUUUUUUUUAUUAAUAGUUAUUUUAUAAUGUUUAAUUAUUAUUUAGUUUUUAUAUAUGAACAUUUUUUUUUCUGUUUAAUUUAAACUAAGUAAAUAUUUUUAAGAUUUUAUUACCUUUUUUGCAUUGUAGUAUACAAAAUAAUUAUAUAUAUAAAACAAAUGAAAGAAAAUCCUCUAGUUAGUGAAAUAAAUUUUUAGUAAAAAUAAUAUAAUAAUUAAAUAAAAAAACAAAUUAAGAAACAAAAUACCAACAUUAUAUUUUGACUAAAUGUUUUCAUUUAUUUUUUUAAUUUUUUUUAAGAAAAAAAAUUGUAAGCAAAAUAAUUGAAUUGGUAAACAUGAAAAUGAUAAUUGUUAAUGAAAAAUAAAAUUAAAUAAAUGUGUACCUACCAAAAAGAAAUAUUUAAAAAACAAACAAAAAAACAUAAAAAUUAAUAAAAAAAACAAUAAAAUAAAAAUAUGUAUGUGGACAUAAAAAAAUUUAAAAAAAAAUAAA